UUUGAUUAGACAUAUGCAACUCAUCAGCUUCUUACCUUUCCUCCUCAUCUUUUUUUAUACAGACAGGCUCCUCUCUCUCUCUCUCUCCUAAAAGCAAAAAAAAAAAAAAAAACUAGACUCAAAAUAAAAGUACCUUCUUAAUUGAGUGAGACUUUUCUCUCUGGGGGGCUGCUUCUUAGUUCUUAUAUAGUAAUUCAACUCACUUUCUCAGCUGCAACUUCAUUUUCUCAACCUCCCUGUCACCUCUCUCUCUCUCUCUCCCCCCCCCCCCCCAGCAAAGCUCCCUACAAAUCCAUUCUGAGCCGCCUCCAGUUGUUGCUGACAGUUCAUCUAGGAUUCAGCACCGUUGCUGUUUAAGGAUAGAUUCUCCCUCAUAGGAGGUGGGUUUUACUCUGAAAUGGGAAGGCACUCUUGCUGUUAUAAGCAGAAGCUAAGGAAAGGCCUUUGGUCACCUGAGGAGGAUGAAAAGCUUCUGAGGCAUAUUACCAAGUUCGGCCACGGAUGUUGGAGCUCCGUCCCUAAGCAAGCAGGUCUGCAAAGAUGUGGGAAGAGCUGCAGACUGAGGUGGAUCAACUACUUGAGGCCUGAUUUGAAGAGAGGCACAUUCUCACAGGAAGAGGAGAACCUUAUAAUUGAGCUUCAUGCAGUUCUCGGGAAUAGGUGGUCUCAGAUUGCAGCACAAUUGCCUGGAAGAACCGACAACGAAAUAAAAAAUCUAUGGAACUCUUGCUUAAAGAAGAAGCUGAGGCAGAGAGGCAUUGAUCCCGUCACCCACAAACCACUUUCCGAGGUUGAGAACGGAGAGGACGAAGAUACAGCAGCCAAAAGCCGAGACAGAAUGUCGGUGGUUGUGUCCAAUGAACUGAAUCUCCUCGAGACACAGAAUUCAAAGCAAGAAGCAGCUUUACUCGAGCAGAGAGCGUCUUCAAUUGCUGCACAAGGCUGCUACCCUUUGGAUGUUCAGGGCUCUUCUAUCCCCAAAACAACAAACUGCAAUAACAGCAACAAUUUGAUGACACCCACAUCAAACAAGGACUUCUUCCAAGACAGGUUUGUAACAUCCCACCAAGAAAGUUCCUCCACCGACUGCCGGUCUUCAGAUUUCGUGGGUUACUUUCCGCCUCAGCAAUUGAAUUAUACAUCCAAUGCCAGGCUUCCCACAAACUCCAAUCCCAUUCACUGGUUCACCCAAAGUGGGAAGACCUUUGACAUGAAUUCAGAAUUUACCUCCAAUGCAAUAUCUGUUCUUUCACCUUCAACCAGUUCAUUUCUGCCUACCUCUACUGGUUACAAGCCUCCACCUACUUUUCCCUCAGAUAACGUAUCCAUUGGCUGUUUCACGGUAAAUGGAUCCCGUUACUGGGAACCCAGUGCCGCAACAAACAAUAACAAUUGCGGCAGCGGAAGCAGCAGCAGCAGCGCUGAGUUGCAAAGCAACAGCUUGUUUUCAUGGGGAUUGGCGGAUUGUAGCACGUCAAACAAAGAGACCCAAAUCCAUCUGAUGGAAAGCCAACCGGAAGAAAUAAAGUGGUCAGAGUAUUUUAGUAAUCCAUUACUGAUGGCGGCUGCUUUUCAAACUCAAACUCCACAGUCUUUAUACAACGAAAUAAAAUCGGAAACGCAUUUGGAGAAUGAUAAUUCAGGUACAAAGUGGCCUCACAACCAGCGGCAAGGACCUCUUCAAAGUACUGAUAUAUGUGGGAAGGAUAUCCAAACUCUUACAGCUGCUUUCGGGCAUACUUAUUAGCUAGCAUUUACAUGUCCAGCCUCUGUUCAGUGUGGCUGGAGAAUGAAAACUGCAGAAUUUUCAGUUACAAGAGGCUCCAUUCAAAUCCUAGCUAGCUGUUUUCUUGGUUCAGAUGUGUGCCAUUUAUUCUUCUUUUGUAUAUAAGUCAUAUACAAAACAUUUCUCCAGCCUCUGGGUUUGGUAUAUUUGCGAGGAAACAUCCAUGCUGUUACCUUAUUUUCUUCUUUGGUUUGAGGUAGAACUGCAAAACAAGGCUUGUACCGGUGUCUUUUUACUCUUGUUUAAUUUCCUCCAUGCUUAUGCUGAUAUACAGCGUUGCAAUUCUAUC